AUGUCAACAGAGUAUAUUGACAAUAACUCACGCUCAUCGGAUGAGGAUAGUGGGACUUAUGAUGAGUGGAUUCCAUCAUUCUGUUCACGUUUUGGUCACGAAUAUUUUUGUAGAGUACCAACUGACUUCAUUGAGGAUGAUUUCAACAUGACUUCGUUAGCCCAAGAGGUGCCGCACUACCGUAAAGCACUGGAUUUAAUCCUUGAUCUAGAAGAUGUCAGUGAUGACGAAUCUCAGGGACAGAAUAGUUACGACCAAGACGGGGACCACAACAUGGAGAGUUCUAAGGAGAAAGAUAAUAAAGGUAAGACACAAAUCGUGAACCGUAGUAUCAUUGAACAUGCAGCUGAACAACUGUAUGGGUUAAUCCAUGCCAGAUUUAUUUUGACAAAGCAAGGUUUACAAGCAAUGGCAGAGAAGUUUGACCAUAAGCAAUUCGGAACAUGUCCUCGAUAUUAUUGUAAUGGGAUGCAAUUGUUACCAUGUGGCCUUAGCGAUACGAUCGGUAAACAUACUGUUAGAUUAUAUUGUCCAAGUUGUCAGGACUUAUAUUUGCCUCAAUCCUCGAGGUUCUUAUGCUUAGAAGGUGCUUAUUGGGGUACUAGUUUCCCAGGUGUAUUCUUAAAACAUUUCAAGGAAUUAGAGGACUAUGUUGAACGUAAGGGUAAAGAAUCUUACCAAUUAAAAGUCUUUGGCUUUAAGAUUGCAGAUCAAGCUAUCUCAGGUCAAAGAAUGAAGUGGUUAAGACAAUACCCUUCAACAGAAGAAGAAUGGGAUGAAUUUGCCAAAUGUGAAUUCGAACUACCCCAACCAUAA